CAAGGUCUGGGUGUACCUAAGGGGGCAAGGCUGACUCCAGGAGGAGGAGGGCAUCCCAUGCAGGGGCUGGGAUGUUUGGUGAAGGCUCCUGUGACUCCCACAAGCAUCUUCUGGCAUGUAACUGUUUGGAGUGGGAUGAUGCUCAGCUGUGGAAGGGUAAACUGCAUCUGUCUGCUCCCUGGUUCAGGCUGGGCACAAAGUGUUUUGUUUGCAAUGGUGGUUUGUUAGAGACAGCUAGCAAGUUCCAGAAGUGUUAGAGAUAGAGGUGUAAUCUAGACCUCCUUGGUCCCUAGUUUCACCUGAUUUAUUUACGUCUAUUUAUUGAUAAAGCAUAAUGAAACCUCAGCCAGGAAAAGCUGCACGUUGAAAAGAAGAUGUUAGAAAGAGCUACAUGAAAAGCAGAACUACCUGCCUUAUGGUAUGGGCCCUGCAGCAGCUCUGGAGGUCCAAGGGGAAAUGUUUGCCCCAUGGAUCAGGUUUUACAUUUGGGCUGGGAAGGGUGGAGGGUGCUGAGUGUGAUCACACAGAGUCUUCUCCUCCUGCUAAACACCACAAGGCUCUUCAGGCCUAAUCUUGCCCGACCUCAACUUCACAAGAAAUGCAGCUCCAUGGGCGACUUCACAAGAAAAGCAUCCUCUUGUGGGGCCUCCCCUCUUCCAGACUCAACAAUUUACUUCAAAAUUUGAAAUUCUGUGGAUUGCUGAAGUGGCUCCAUGCACACAGAAAUCAUUUAUUCUCCUUCAUUUAAAGGCUGUGGGAAGGGUGGCUCUGUAGCUUGGCUAAUUCAAAGGCACCAGGCUGCCGAAGCCACUGCUUUGAAGUGAACCCGCCCGUUGUUUGGUGGCCAUAAGAUGGAGGAGGGAAGGAGAGCGCACAUGGCCAUCGUCAGCUGGGCAUGCACAGCCCUGUGCUUGGUCUCCUGCGCAGCUGCCUUCUCUCAAGGCGCCAGCCCUUCUGCCUGCACCGACAUGAUGCCCAGGCAUCUGAGAGCCCAGCUCCACAGCCCCAGCAACAACUAUGUGACUGUCCACACCAACAUGUCCUUCUACUCCCCAGGCGACAAGGUUCCAGUGACGGUGAGGAGCACCCGGGAUUUUAUGGGCUUUUUGCUUCAAGCUCGCAAAGUCUCUAACGAUGAAAUUGCCGGCACAUUCAUCUUCAUUCCUCCUGGUUCCAAGCUGUUGACUUGUUUUGAAGAUGGUGAUACUGUCACCCACUCGGACAAGUCACUGAAGAGAAACCUGUCCUUUGUAUGGAAAGCACCAGACCAACCCAUUGGAGACAUCAAGUUUUUCAUCUCCGUAGUCCAGUCAUACUUUGUUUACUGGGCAAAGAUUGAAUCUGCUAUCGUAGCUCAGCGAGGGCAAAACAAAACGCUUGUUGGCAGUGGCGAGAAGCCCAACCCCGAAGCCCCUGCACCCUCACAAGAACUGGCUGACCCACAUCCCACAGGUCCCACCUCUCCUGCGGCUGCCACCAGCUCCCUGGUGCCACCUGCCAGCCCCACUGGCAUCAUGACAACACUGGCACCAGAGCCAGGUUUUGGUGUGGGCUCAGCUGCCCAUCCCAUCGCUGAGCUGAAGCAGCCAGCCCGGCCGGAGCGGGCUGUGUCCAGCCAGAGCAGCGGAUCCAGCAGCUGGGGGCUGGAGCCGUCCCUCCCCACCCAAGACCUCGGCAUGGCAGACACCUUGCGAGGUUUCCUCUCCCUGGAUGAUGCCUCCAGCUACAGCAUCUCUGACGGAGCAGAAAGCGUUGCCAGUGCUGCUACACCACACUUGUGCUUGAUGUGUAAUGGAGAUGGGCAGGCAAGUACUGAGAGUGAGGCCAUCUUGAAAACCUCCCUGCAUGCAACAGCAUCUCCUACCCUUCACCUACACACUCACCUGGUUGAUGCUGCCAUGACAACAUCCUGGUUUGGUGAUGCUAAUGCUGCCAGCAAUUUGUCGUUGUCUUCAAGACAAAUGGCAGAAAGAAAUCUGGCACUGCAGCCAGAUGAGCCAGGUUCCAGGGGUGAGGAGGAGGAGGAGAAGGAGGAGGAAGAGGUGAGCGAGAAUACCCUGCAGUGGGUCACCAGACCAGCUCCUGAUUCUGCUGUUCCGGAGAAGGGGGAAGACCCUCGCAGAGGGACCCAACUCCUAGCAGCCCAGCUCGGCAUCCUCCUGGUCUGCACAGCCGUCCUGGGCCUGGCUCUGGCAGCCGCCUUGCGCUGCGUCUGUGCCCAGCAUUGCCACAAGCGAACCGAGGUCUCCUUCAGUGAGCCGGACACCAAUGUCAUCGCUGUCAGAGAAAAUGGGGAGGUGGUGCACUUCCGAAAGAUCCGAGAGAACAGCUUCGUGCUGGUGCAAGCCGAGUACAACUGGGUCAGCCCCUCGAGCAGUAGGAAGAAGACAAUCAUCUGACCACCUGCGACACUGAAAGCAAUGCUGCAGCAGCCAGUGAUGGUGAAAAUAGCCCAGACUGCACAGCACAGGCUAUAGGAAGCAGCAGUAAGGUUCCUGUAUGUGCCAUUGUAUAGGUAAACAAGCUUGAAGCAGUUCAGAGAGAGGUGUUAGCCAGAAGUAUCUAAGCUACAGCUGCUAAGAAGAUAGAAGUUGAUAGAUUGUUCAGUGCAUUACACUUACUGCAAUUAAUAUCGUAUAUCUGCUCAUUAGAUGUCACUGCAGCCAUGACAUACACCGCCUCUGUUGCCUUAAGGGUGCAGCCAAAAAUAGAAAUUCUUCCUCUGCACUGUAGUAUUGUCUCCUAUUUAAUCUAAGUAUUCAACUGUUAUAUUUCUUUCUAGGAACUAGAAAUCUGGGAUAUAAACCAAACCAUUCUCAUUUAAGAGCUUACAGUUUUGAUUCUAUGUCCUUGGUGUCUCUCAGACAAAAUAUUUACCAGUAGUUCUUAAAUUUCAAUUUGAAAAUAAAAUGCAAUAACUCAUUAGUGGAGAACAUUGAUCCAAAGAGUGCUGAACUGAUCUAUGGGAACAAAACACAGGGUGGCAGAUACCAGCUUUUGGGGGAGAAACAUGCUUCCUCAUCAGGUGCAAAUGGAAGAAAACCUUUCCUGUCCAUUUGCACCUGAUGAGGAAGCUUGUUUAAGCCUAACAGCCAGCAUUUACUUGGUCUUUUACUUUGAGUCAGCUCAGUAACACUCUGCGCAGGAACUCAGGCUGACAAGUACCCUUCCCAGGUCACUUUGGAGAUCCCCAGCAAAGGCUGCGUGGAAAGUUUACAGCAUCUUUGUUCUCUGAGUUUGUGCAAACUUCUCUCUGACCAUGGGGUUUUCUGCAGGAGGCCACUAAAACUGCCCUUGGAAAACAUGAAGAUCCUUGACACCUCCUAAGAAGGAGAGGUGAUGACAGCAAGGGUAAAUGUUGAUUUUACUGCAGUUUGGAAAGAGCCAGAAAUAGCCCUGAUACCAAUACUCUUGAGAUGAAAAUUUUAGAGCCUUUCAGAGAGAAGUCACGCCUUCUGGUAUCUUUUUCUAGGGUGGAGGGGCUCAGAUGGUCCCUAAGCUGUGUAAUGGGGUACAGACUUAAACUCUGGUGCUGCAUGUUAUUUCACAGCCUGCAGCACUAGGCACUGCUGAGCUAAGCAGACAACAAGGGGUCCCUGAAGGCUCAUGGCAUCUUUUCUGGUGACAACUUCCCCCUCUGUCAGAAGGGUUCUGUGGCUGUCUCCAACUUGCUGGCCAUCUUCGAGCCUGACAGUCAGUCAAAACUCUUCCCUCACACCCUCCCUUACCUUGCCGUUGAAUUCAGAGGAGUCACGUGGGACAUAAAUUAAUUCUGUUCAGCCCCCUGCAGUGUGAUGAACAUAGUGCUUCUUUUGCUAAUAAAGACUUCUAUUAGCAUUCAGAAAGAGAUGGAUUCUGACCAUACUACCAUACAGUGAUUAAUGGCAUGAUGUUUUGCACUACACACAUGGCCAAAUUUCUGUCACAUUAACUUCUAGGCCUAGUGACCCUUUUACAAAAUAAAUGAGUAAGAAAA